GCGCACGCGACGUCCGGCAGUGCACCUGCACCACACCGCGCCGCGCCAUGUGUGUGGCCGAGGGAGUCUUUAUUCAUUCCCUCUCGCUUUCUCCAGCUCCUGUUCGGUAUCCCGUUUCUCGCUUGGAGGCUGCCCUGCAGCGGCCAGCAGCCAUGGCGACUCGCGCCGGACGACUGCCCACCACUCCGGCGCCCGCUCUUCUGCUCCUCCUCGCCUUCCCGUUUCUGCUGCAGGGAGUUCUUCCGUCGCGAGCCGGGGACACCGUCGCCGCCGGCCGCCCGCUGUCCGGCGGACAGAGCCUCGUGUCCAAGCGUGGCAAGUUCAGGCUCGGAUUCUUCCGCCCAGGUGCAACAGACAACUCGAGCCAGCGCUGGUACCUGGGCAUCUGGUACAACCAGCUCUCGGUGCACACCACGGUGUGGGUGGCGAACCGGGGGACGCCCAUCUCCGACCCGGAGUCCUCGCAGCUAUCUAUCUCCAAGGACGGCAACAUGGUCGUCCUCGACCACAGCAGGUCGUCUACCGCCGUCUGGUCCACCAACGUCACCACCGGCGUCUCCUCCACGUCCACGGUCGGCGUCAUCCGCGACAACGGCAACCUCGUCCUGGCGGACGCGUCCAACACUUCCGCGGUGCUGUGGCAGAGCUUCGACCACUCGGGCGACACGUGGCUCCCCGGCGGGAAGCUGGGCCGGAACAAGCGCACGGGCGAGGUCACGCGCCUCGUGGCGUGGAAGGGGCGCGACGACCCGACGCCGAGCCUGUUCGCGCUGGAGCUGGACCCGCGCGGCUCCAGCCAGUACCUGCUCAACUGGAACGACAGCGAGCGGUACUGGACCAGCGGCAACUGGACGGGGACGGCGUUCGCUGCCGUGCCGGAGAUGACGUCCACCGGCGCGUCGCCCGUGUCCGACUACACCUUCGGCUACGUCGACGGCGCCAACGAGAGCUACUUCACCUACGACGUCGCGGACGAGUCGGUGGUGACGCGGUUCCAGGUGGACGUGACGGGGCAGAUCCAGUUCCUCACGUGGGUGGCGGCCGCCGCCCAGUGGGUGCUCUUCUGGUCGGAGCCCAAGCGGCAGUGCGACGUGUACGCGGUGUGCGGGCCCUUCGGCCUGUGCACCGAGAACGCGCUGCCGUCCUGCACCUGCCCCCGGGGGUUCCGGGAGCGCGACCUGGCCGAGUGGAUGCAGGACGACCACACCGCGGGAUGCGCCAGGAACACCGCACUCCAGCCUUGCGGCGCCGGCGCCGCCGCUCGAGACGGGCAGAAGCGCCGCAGGGACGACGAUAGGUUCUACACGAUGCCCGACGUGAGGCUGCCGAGCGACGCGCGGAGCGCGGCGGCCGCGAGCGCUCACGACUGCGAGCUCGCGUGCCUCCGCAACUGCUCUUGCACCGCUUACUCCUACAGCGGCGGCUGCUCGCUGUGGUAUGGGGACCUCAUCAACCUUCAGGACACGACGAGCGCUGGCAGUGGCACCGGAGGCGGCAGCAUCUCGAUCCGCCUCGCUGCCUCCGAGUUCUCUAGCAACGGGAACACCAAGAAACUGGUCAUCGGGCUCGUCGUCGCGGGCUCCUCCUUCGUCGCCGCAGUCACCGCCAUCGUUCUGGCUACCGUCCUCGUUCUAAGGAACCGAAGGAUCAAGUCGUUGAGGACGGUCCAAGGAUCCCUGGUGGCGUUCACGUACCGCGACCUGCAGCUGGUGACCAACAACUUCUCGGAGAAGCUCGGCGGCGGCGCCUUCGGGUCCGUGUUCAAAGGGGUGCUGCCUGACGCAACGCUCGUGGCGGUCAAGAAGCUGGAAGGCGUUCGGCAGGGGGAGAAACAGUUCCGCGCCGAGGUGAGCACGAUCGGCACGAUCCAGCACGUGAACCUGAUCAGGCUGCUCGGGUUCUGCUCCGAGGGGUCGAGGCGGCUCCUCGUCUACGAGCACAUGCCAAGCGGCUCUCUGGACAGGCAUCUGUUCGAUCGGGACCAGCAGCCGGGUGUCCUGAGCUGGGACGCCAGGUACCAGAUCGCUCUCGGGGUCGCGAGGGGGCUGGACUACCUGCACGAGAAAUGCAGGGACUGCAUCAUCCACUGUGACAUCAAGCCCGAGAACAUCCUCCUGGACGACGCGUUCGUCCCCAGAGUCGCCGACUUCGGGCUCGCCAAGCUCAUGGGUCGCGACUUCAGCCGCGUGCUCACCACCAUGCGGGGCACGGUGGGGUACCUGGCGCCCGAGUGGAUCGCCGGCACGGCCGUCACCACCAAGGCGGACGUGUUCAGCUACGGCAUGAUGCUGUUCGAGAUCAUCUCGGGCCGGAGGAAUGUCGGCCAGCGGGCGGACGGCACGGUGGACUUCUUCCCGUCCACGGCCGUCAACCGGCUCCUCGACGGCGACGUGAGGAGCGCGGUGGACAGCCAGCUCGGCGGCAACGCGGACGUGGCCGAGGUGGAGCGGGCCUGCAAGGUGGCGUGCUGGUGCGUGCAGGACGCGGAGAGCUUGCGCCCGAGUAUGGGGAUGGUGGUGCAGGUUCUGGAGGGGCUGGUCGACGUCAAUGCCCCGCCCGUCCCGAGGUCGCUCAUGGUGCUCGCCGAUCCGUCCAAGUACGCCGUUGAGUUCUUCUCAGGUUUGCCGUCGACCUGAGAUUGGGCCGCUGCCUCUGCCUGUUAGGGGCAUCAACUUUGAUCAGUAGUGCAUGGUGUAUAUACGAGCUAAUGAGUUCGUCAAGAACUUACUCGUGCCACGAACCCUGUGGCGGUAUAGAACUUCUGCACGUAGCCAAGAAGAUUUCGGAUCUGUUAGGGCUUGUUCGGUUACCUCUCAAUCCAUGUGGAUUGAGAGUGGGAUUAGAUGGUUUUAAUCCCAAACAAGUCAAACUUCUUCUCAAUUUUUUCCAAUCUCAUCCAAUCCAUGUGUAUUAGGAAUAACCGAACAAGCCCUUAAGGUGCCAAAAAACGUCACAUAUUUCUUG